AUGUACUCAACCCUCCUCCCCGUCGCGCUCCUAGCGCUCAGCACACUCGCCUCCGCUAAGCCGACGGUAUAUCUAAUCCGCCACGGCGAGAAGCCUGAGAAUGAUGGGACGGGACUCAGCGCACAGGGCGAGCAGCGCGCGCAAUGUCUCCGCCAGGUCUUUGGUGCGAAUUCAGGGUAUAAUAUUGGGUAUAUCAUGGCGAUGACGCCGAAGGAUAACGGCAAGCGCAUCCGCCCCUACCAAACCGUCCUCCCCCUCGCAAACGACCUCGGCCUCGGAGUCGACAUCUCGUGUGACCGCGAUGACCCCGAGUGCGUGAAGGAUGCAAUUAAAGAUUACGACGGCGAUGGGAAUAUCCUCAUUUGCUGGGAGCAUGAUGCAUUGACGGAUAUCAUUGAGGAACUUGGGGCGGACGAUGCGCCGGAGUAUCCGGGUGAUAGGUUCGAUCUGAUCUGGACGGACCCGGCGCCGUAUGAUGAGAUUGUCUCCGAGACGAGUGAGCAGUGUCCGGGACUGGAUUGA